CUCAGCUGAUGCGUAAUGAUGCCUUUUCCCCUCCUGCUCUCCAGGAACCGGCGGACUGCAAACUUUUGCGCCAUGGCACACGCUCCGCUCUCUAGGAACACUUGCUGCGAUGCCUCUGGGACCUGGUGUAGUUUUGCGUCUUUCCACAUUCUUAGGAUUUCUAAAGAGAACUGCAGGCUGGGAUGUGAAUGAGAACUGUUGAGGAAGAGCCUGGGAAAAGGAUCGAGGAGGCGCAUUUUUUUGUUUCCUCUUUCACUUCUAUCAAGUGUGUACACAUUGUUCUCCCUCUCCUGGCUCUUAUGGGAAUUAGACACUCGUCCCGCUGCAUGCUCCUCAGGAGAAAAAUGGCGGAGUCUGAGAGCAGUGAGCAGCCGCAGACGCAGCCACAGCCAAUCCGCAUAAUUCCAUCCCAGUCGGCGCAGCCCGUCCCGUUGCCCAAACCUGUGCCUUCCAUCCAGCACGGGACGAGGCCUCCGUUCCCGCCACACACGCCGCACGUCGCCAGCCUCCCGAGCUGCACGGGGCGGGGCAAGAUGUCCAAGUUCCUCAGUCCCGAGGAUAUGACCUCACGAGACUACUACUUCGACUCCUACGCCCAUUUCGGUAUCCACGAGGAGAUGCUGAAGGACGAGGUGAGGACGCUCACCUACAGGAACUCCAUGUACCACAACAAGCACGUGUUCAAGGACAAAAUUGUGCUGGAUGUCGGAAGCGGGACCGGGAUCCUGUCCAUGUUCGCGGCCAAGGCCGGGGCGAAGCACGUGUAUGGGAUUGAAUGUUCCAGUAUAUCAGAGUACUCCGAGAGAAUCAUCAAGUCCAACCACCUCCACAGCGUGAUCACCAUCUUCAAGGGCAAGGUGGAGGAGGUGGAGCUUCCCGUCGAGAAGGUCGACAUCAUCAUAUCCGAGUGGAUGGGCUACUGCCUCUUCUACGAAUCCAUGCUCAACACCGUCAUCUUUGCCAGGGACAAGUGGCUGAAACCCGGUGGAUUAAUGUUUCCUGACCGAGCCUCGCUGUAUGUGGUGGCCAUCGAAGACAGGCAGUACAAGGACUUCAAAAUACAUUGGUGGGAGAACGUGUAUGGCUUUGACAUGACCUGUAUCCGUAACGUGGCGAUGAGGGAGCCGCUGGUGGACGUCGUGGACCAAAAACAGGUGGUGACCAACUCCUGCCUGGUCAAGGAGGUGGACAUCUACACGGUGAAGCCGGAGGACCUCUCGUUCACCUCGGCGUUCUGCCUGCAGAUCCAGAGGAACGACUACAUCCACGCUCUGGUCACCUACUUCAACAUCGAGUUCACCAAGUGUCACAAGAAGACUGGUUUCAGUACCGCUCCAGAUGCAUCUUACACCCACUGGAAGCAGACCGUGUUUUACCUGGAGGAGUAUUUGACGGUGCGUAGAGGAGAGGAGAUCGUGGGCAGCAUCGCCAUGAAGCCCAAUGAGAAGAACAUUCGCGACUUGGACUUCACCUUCGAGCUGGAUUUUAAGGGGCAGCUGUGUGAAGCGGCCAUUUCUCACGACUACAAGAUGCGUUAACUUUGACACUGAGGGGGACGCCAGUGCCCCGUCGAGUUCCACCCCUUGAUCACCAGAGGGAGACGGAGACAC